CUUUAAUUAACCUGCAUGGCUUGUACUUUGUAAUAGACCUAUUAUUAUCAAUAACAAACCGGGUUACAGGUAUUUCCACCUACAACCCUUCCGACUACUUAUACUUAGUAUUUGCGUGGUAAUUUACACCAUCAAAUUGGCGCCCACCGUGGGGCCUAUUAUAAAAGUCAUGACAAGCAACCAGGAAACCGUUAUCUCACAAAUUUCUACUCCCGCUGAGAACGUCACUUCAUUCCCGGGAGGAAGUAAUCAACCAACAAGCCAGAUUCCUACCCCCAUUGUCACCGUUCCACCACCUAUCCCAUUCACUUCCCCCAUGAACCCUGAUCCUAUUUUUCCUUCAAAUUUCCCCGGGCCCAUGGAUCCGAUGUAUUCCCAGGCUCUUCAAAAUUUUGGACAGUUCAUGUCCAUGUUCCAGCAGCCGGGGGGAUUUUCGCCUUUCAUUCCGGGUAUGUAUCCACAAUCCUUGCCUCAAACUAGCAUCAUUCGCCCGGUCAUCCCGACGAACCUAAUCGGGGAAAUGGAUAAAGCUGGUCCAUCUCGUUCUAGAAGAAGCCGGUCCCGUAGGUCGCAGACGAAAGUGACCUCAGACGGGGAUGUGCGCUCGGUCCAUAGCAAAGAUGAGGACUGGGAUGUUCCCCAAGCGCUCAAAAAGUUGAAGGGAAAAGCUGUUCAACAGGAAGGAUCUAGGAGGCCAGCAUUCCAGAGGCUGGGACAUGAUGGUCGAAAUCAAAACCGGUCAGCAAAAGAACGGCUGGGGGUAGAAACAAUCCCCGCUAGCGUCUUUAACCGUGUGGGGAAGGGGGCCGGACGACCUGGUCAGACCAGGCGAACGGAACCACCCCCACGCGACGAGCCCCAGCACAGCCGGGCGCCACGAGAGGAGGGAGCAGAAAGCCACCCCAGGCACACGACCCGUUCCCAUGUGGAACAACCUCGGGAUCGUGUGGGCCGGGUCGAGGCCCGUUUGGAGAAGCUACAACGCCGGGUGGACAGGGACGAAAAGAAGAAAAUACUGCUGAACGAAUCUCCGUUCACAGACCGGGUUCAUGAGACCCCAUUUCCGAAGAAGGCGAAACUUGAGGUCCCAAAGUUUACCGGGAAGGAGGACCCGGAAAUACACGUCAAAACCCUCCAUCAAAGCGGGCGGAUGAUGGGUCUUUCCGGGGACGAAAAAUGCUUACUUUUCUUUCAGACACUCCGCGGCCGCGCUGCUGAGUGUUUCCAUAACCGGCCGGUGAAAUCGAUUCUUUCGAUGAGCUGGCCGAGCGUGAAGGGAGUGAUCAAGCAGAUGAUCGAGGCCGGGGAGAUUGAUCUAGAGUAUCUAGCUCAGGCCAAGCAAAAGAAAAACCAAUGGAUCAGACCUGAAGGACAGCCGGCCGAGCAAAAUAAAAAGAAGAAAGCAGCCGGUAAGGAGCAUCUGCAGGUCAUUUAUGGCGGACCAGAAGGGGGAGACUCUGCUUCCCAAAGGAAGAAAUGGGGACGAGAGCUCUACGUCGGGACUGUGGCCCUAAAUCCCCGGUCAAAACAGAUAAGACGGGAGCCGAUCACUUUUACUGACUGGGACCUCCCCGCCACCGGAGAAGAUCACAAUGAUCCCCUGGUUAUAACUAUGGACAUGGGUGGAGUCGAUGUCUCCGGGGUACUCGUUGACACGGGCAGUAGUGUCAAUGUGUUGUACUUGGAUGCAUUUGAGAAGCUCAAGUUGUGUCGAACACGGCUUGAGCCCUUAAAGACUCCCCUGUCUCGGUUUACCAGGGACUCUAUCGAAGCUGAAGGGUCGAUCCUUUUAACCUGUGAACUGGGCACAUGCGAACAGGUCGUCCAAAAACAAAUGAGGUUUGUGGUUGUGAAUAUCAAAUGUGUUCACAAUGCCAUUUUGGGCCGGCCUGGGAUAAACAAGGUCCGUGGGGUCAUCUCCAUGGCCCAUCUCUGUAUGAAGUUCUAUACCCCGGGCGUUAUAGGACAAGUUAGAGGAGAUCAGAAGAAGGCCCGAUCCUGCUAUUUGGAAGCUGUAAAGAAAAUGACGCAAGCUUUUGAGAGAGUCAAUUUGGUCUCUCAAGAGGAAGACCGGUCAGAGAUAGAGCCGGGUGAUGAAACCGAGCAGAUCGUUCUCCGGGAAGCCUUCCCAGAAAGGGUGGGUCAAGCUUUGGCAGACUUCCUCGUCGAACUGACCGGUCUAGAGCCCGAAGCCGGACCUUCCCAUACGGUCGAACCGUGGUGGGAUAUGGCCGUUGAUGGGGCCUCUGGACCGAAGGGAUGCGGGACCGGCAUAGUCUUCACUACCCCGGAAGGAUUCAAGAUCUACCAUGCCCUAGUUUUUAACUUCAAACUCACCAACAAUGAAGCGAAGUAUGAAGCGCUGGCCGGUGGUCUCAGAUUAGCCCGGGCGCUUGGAAUAAAAAGGAUGAAGAUUCGUUCCGAUUCAAGUCUGGUCGUUGGACAGGUCAAUGGUGAGAUGGAAGUUAAAGAAGAUCGCCUGGCCCGGUAUAGUGACCUGGUCCGAGCACUCCUAAGGGAGUUGGAAGAAUUUCGUCUGACCAGAAUACCCCGGUCAGAAAACACUAAUGCUGAUAUACUUUCAAAAUUGACACAAGCCUGCCCGGAGCAUGUAUCGAAGUUGGAAAAUAUUGAGAUACUGGACGCACCGAGCGCUGACCGGUUUGAGGUCGAGGCUAUCCAGUCCGGCCAGACUACAGCAACCGGGAUAAUUGGAGCAGAUGAUGGCUGGAGGUACGAACUCAUGGAGUAUCUGGAGACCGGUCAGAAACCAGAUGAUGAGGAACGGGCUAGGAAAGUGGUCAUGCGGGCUCCUCGUUUUCAGGUAAUCGAUGGUCACCUAUACAAACGUGCCAUUGGUGGACCUCUCCCACGUUGCCUUACCAACCCGGAGGCUGAACUGGUAAUAGCGGAGGUGCAUGAGGGAGUUUGUGCAGCCCAUCAAAUGUCCCGCACUUUGGCUCAAAGGAUAAUAUUGCUUGGCUACUACUGGCCGACCAUUGUUGGAGAUUCCCGGCUACCAGUAGAGGCAGAAAUUCCAACAUUUAGAGAAACCGUGUACCAGCCCGGUCAGAAUGAGGUCAACCACCUAGUUGAAUUGAACCUGGUGGAAGAACGAAGGACCAUAGCAGUUGUCAGGAUGGCCGGUUACCAGCAGUCAGUAAAGAGGUAUCAUGACAACCGGGUGGGCCCACAAUACUUCCAAGUGCACGACGAAGUUUUGCGCAGGAGGGAUGCUAGUAAGCCUAACGAGAGGGGCAAGGGCCCUACUGCGUAAAAGCAAUCGUCAGACCGGGCACUUAUCAACUGGAGAGUAUGGAAGGUGGCCGGGUCAACCGACAUUGGAACUCUCACCACUUGCGUAAAUUUUUUAGAUAAAGUGUAAUGAGUUCCCGGUCAUUAAUAAAACUUCGUUCUUUUC